GCGACGCGUGGCGCGAUGGCGGCGUUCCCCGGCGGGUUGCGAGGGCUGCGGUUGCUGCCGUUGCUCCUGCUGCUACCGCUGGGAGGCCCGCGCAGUGCGGACGGCUACUUUCCCGAGGAGCGCUGGAACCCCGAGUCCCCGCUGCAGGCGCCGCGCGUGCUCAUCGCGUUGCUGGCGCGGAACGCGGCGCCCGCACUGCCGGCCACGCUGGGCGCCCUGGAGCGGCUGCGCCACCCACGGGAGCGCACGGCGUUGUGGGUGGCCACGGAUCACAACACUGACAACACUUCAGCCAUACUUCGAGAGUGGCUGGUGGCUGUGAAGGGUCUGUACCACUCUGUGGAGUGGCGACCAGCAGAGGAGCCCAGUUCCUACCCAGAUGAGGAGGGCCCCAAACACUGGUCUGACUCCCGGUAUCAGCAUGUGAUGAAGUUGCGCCAAGCGGCCCUAAAGGCGGCUCGGGACAUGUGGGCUGAUUACAUCAUGUUUGUGGACAGUGACAACUUGAUCACCAACCCUGACACUCUGAGUCUUCUCAUCGCUGAGAACAAGACUGUGGUGGCCCCAAUGCUGGACUCCCGAGCAGCGUACUCCAACUUCUGGUGCGGAAUGACUUCCCAGGGCUACUACAAGCGCACCCCUGCCUACAUCCCCAUCCGAAAGCGAGACCGCAGAGGCUGCUUUGCAGUUCCCAUGGUGCACUCCACCUUUCUCAUUGACCUGCGUAAGGCCGCAUCCAGGAACCUGGCCUUCUAUCCGCCACACCCUGACUACACCUGGUCUUUUGACGACAUCAUUGUCUUUGCCUUCUCCUGCAAACAGGCAGAGGUGCAGAUGUAUGUGUGCAAUAAGGAGGUGUAUGGUUUCCUGCCCGUGCCACUGCGUGCAUACAGCAGUUUGCAGGACGAGGCGGAGAGCUUCAUGCACGUGCAGCUGGAGGUCAUGGUGAAGCAUCCGCCAGUGCAGCUAUCCAGAUUCAUCUCAGCACCCAGCAAGACUGCAGACAAGAUGGGCUUCGAUGAGGUCUUCAUGAUCAACUUGAAGAGGAGGCGGGACCGGCGAGAGCGCAUGCUGCGGGCCCUGCACGAGCAGGAGAUUGACUGCCGGCUUGUGGAGGCUGUGGAUGGCAAAGCCAUGAACACCAGCCAGGUGGAGGCUCUGGGCAUACAGAUGCUGCCUGGCUACCGGGACCCCUACCAUGGGCGACCACUUACCAAAGGAGAGCUGGGCUGCUUUCUCAGCCACUACAACAUCUGGAAGGAGGUGGUGGACCGGGGACUACAGAAGUCUCUAGUGUUUGAGGAUGACCUGCGUUUUGAGAUCUUCUUCAAGAGACGUCUGAUGAGCCUCAUGCAGGAUGUGGAGCGUGAGGGGCUGGACUGGGACCUCAUUUAUGUGGGCCGAAAGCGCAUGCAAGUGGAGCAUCCCGAAAAGUCUGUGCCCCGGGUGAGGAACUUGGUGGAAGCUGAUUACUCCUACUGGACGCUAGCAUAUGUGAUCUCCCUGCAAGGGGCUCAAAAGCUGCUUGGUGCUAAGCCACUGGCCAAAAUGCUGCCUGUUGACGAGUUCCUGCCAGUCAUGUUUGACAAGCACCCAGUGUCAGAAUAUAAGACUCACUUCUCUCCCCGCAACCUGCGUGCUUUCUCUGUGGAGCCCCUCCUCAUCUACCCUACACACUACACAGGGGAUGAUGGCUAUGUGAGUGAUACAGAGACCUCAGUUGUGUGGAAUAAUGAGCAAGUUAAGACUGACUGGGACCGAGCCAAGUCCCAGAAGAUGCGUGAACAGCAGGCACUGAGCCGUGAGGCCAAGAACUCAGAUGUGCUUCAGUCCCCACUGGACAGCGCUGCUCGUGAUGAGCUCUGAGGGAGCUGGCAAGAAGCCAAGGCCACUGCCAGGGGCCAAGCCUCAUGUGCUUGCCUGAGACUGUAGGGUCACCUAGGCAGACCACAGAGGGCUCCAAAGCAGGCCAUUUCCAUGUCUUGUUCAGCAGCCACUUGUACACAGGCAGCAUUAAUGGAGUGCUUACUGUAUGCCAUGGACAUGGCUGCACACCAGGAGAUUUGGCAGGAAGGAGCCCAGUCUGUUGUGUCCACCCUGAGGGAAGGUUUCUUACUAGAGCUGUGAAGGAGACAUAAUGAUCCCCCCCCAUGGGUGAUUGAUUUGAUCAUCAGGCAUUUAUCAGCCUGAAUCAGAUAUUAUGGAUACAUAAUCAUUUUAAAUCUGUUUGAGUCUUUAUUGAGGGCAUACUGUGUGUUGGGCACCAUUCUCAGCUCUGGGAAUACUGAAAUAAGGAAAAAUUCCUAUCAAGUGCCUGCUAAUGCCAGGUCCUGGGUACCCUUGGGUUGAGUGCCAACUGUGUCACUCACUCAUUAGGUACUGGGGAUAGAUGUCCCAGUGGUGCUCACCUCUUUGAUAGGGUUGACUUGCUUAUGGUAGCAUCAGCAAUAUUCACCCCGUGUGUCAGGCUGCAUGCUGAAUGCAAGGACAGAGAGUAAACAAAAUUGGUUUCUUCAGGUAGCAAGCAUUUAUUGAGCACCUGUGUGUGCCAGGCCUCAAGAACUCCCAGUUGAGUUGAGGAAUAGCCACCCUUCAGCCUGCCUGGGAAGACGGCAUCUUUGGAAGCCCUUGUCCAGAGGGAGAUUGCUCUCCUCACACUUGACAGCUGAGUUGCACAGUAUUCAUGGCCUUAUAAGCCCUUCUGGAGGGUGCAUAAUGGGGACUUGAACGCUCUCGCCUACCCCAGGCUUCCAUAGCUCCUCCCUGCCCUUGUGUCUCAGGUGUCCCCUGCCUGCUCUUGUGUUCGGGGGCCUUGAAGUGGCCCAGUUGCAUUGGGGUGUUCCCCUUUGCCUUGGCAGUACGUUUCCCUGCAGGGCCAGGGAGUCAUUGUGCCUUCAAAGCCAAAUUGAAUGUCAGUAGGCAGCAGACAUUUGGGGACAGCUGCUUGCCUGCUCAGAUCUUGGUAACUUGCUUACGAUUGUAUUAAAUACUUCUGGUUGGUUUUCAUUGAA